AUGGCGAUAAAAGCCGCGACUUCCACCACUGGUUCCCCUCUCUCUCACCCGCGCGGCUUGAUCGACGCUGGUCCCGGUUGUGCUUUACAGACGGAGAGGACGCUGCUCAAAUGGGUGAUCUCCGUGGGAGGGAUCAUGGUCACGCUGGUUAUUUAUGGGGUUCUUCAGGAAAGGAUUAUGAGAGUUCCAUAUGGUAAAGAUCGUGAGUUCUUCAAGUACUCCCUUUUCCUUGUUUUCUGCAACCGUAUUACUACAUCAACUGCAGCUGCAGGUGCUGUUCUGGUUAACAAAAAGGCCCUGGAUCCUGUGGCUCCACUAUAUAAGUAUUGUGCUGUGUCUGUAUCAAACAUCUUGACAACAACAUGCCAAUAUGAGGCUCUUAAAUAUGUCAGCUUCCCUGUUCAAACCCUAGCAAAAUGUGCCAAGAUGAUACCUGUGAUGGUUUGGGGUACAUUCAUUAUGCAAAAGCGAUAUAACAUGCAGGAAUAUCUAUUGGCUGUGUUAGUGACUGUUGGAUGUACACUUUUCAUUCUGUAUCCGGCAGGGGGAGACAUUAAUCCAUACAGCUCAGGAAGAGAGAGCACAGUUUGGGGUGUAACUCUCAUGAUGGGCUAUCUCGGGUUUGAUGGAUUUACCAGCACAUUCCAAGACAAGCUUUUUAAGGGCUAUAAUAUGGAAAUUUACAACCAAAUAUUCUAUACUACAUUAUGCUCAUGUAUUCUUAGCUUAAGUGGGCUCAUCAUGCAAGGCCAUCUUCUGCUGGCCGUAGAUUUUGUGUACCGUCACAGAGAUUGUCUCCUUGAUGUUAUACUGCUCUCUACAGUAGCAACACUUAGCCAGUUCUUCAUUUCCUACACAAUCCGCACGUUUGGGGCUUUAACAUUUGCGACGAUUAUGACGACAAGACAGUUGGUGAGCAUCUUGUUAUCUUGUGUUUGGUUUGGACAUCCCUUGAGUUGGGAACAGAUGGCUGGUGCUGGUAUCGUAUUUGGGUCUCUAUAUUCGAAAAGCUUUCUAAAGAGCCGACCUCAAAAAGCAUCGCAGUCUACUCAAGCCCAAGACAAAUCAAAUUAUAUGGUCAUUGAGGAUGUUGAACAGUCCAAUGAGGACCACAGACACAAACAUGCUUCUUUGGGAAGAUAACUCCAACAGUUUAUGCAGUCAGAAAGUACCGAGGAUGGUUGAUUCCCAAGUCACGGGCCUGAGGAAAUGGAGAUGGUUCUCAUCAAUGUUUACAUAAUUGCAAUUUGACAGCUAUUGAUUCGGAGGCUGGGAUCUGGUAGAGGCUCCCUUAAUCAUCUAUGGAUAUCGAACUCUUGCACACCUUCAGCUUGGAGGUCUCAAGUUCAAUCUCCUAACCUGGUGGGCAGUUGUCAGAUGUUAAAAAAUAGAACAAAUUAGAUCGGACCUAACUUUUUGUUUUAUUCCCUCUCCUAAAUGGUAUCUAAAACUUAUAGCUGAACUGACCCUAUGCGUAUCUGAAUCUGUUUCUGUAUUUGAUUGGAUUGUGCGCUCACUUCACAAGUUAUCUGCUUCAAGAGCGACACUUAGAUCUCCCUAAAUUUGAACUAGAUUUCAUUUUUAAAUCUGAUUAGGGUUUGCCCUCUACUUCACCUAGCUUGUCCGGUUUUUCAGUUCAAUUGGGAUAUGGCUAAGGAAGGUAAACUGAGUUAGA